CGCGAGUCCUCUUUGUUGGUUUUUGUACUUAAUCAAAUUCCACCUCUGCAAGCUUCCACAUUCCUGACACCUUGAGUGAUAUUUGAUCAUCAAUCAUCCACUCGCAUUAAAAUCGUCUAGAUUCUUCCGCCCUCCAGCCACCUUCAUCACCCUUACCUAAGUACCUAUGCCAGGGCUUUUAUCCCCAACCUCCGCCCGCCCUGGCCUCCCAACCACUUCAACCCUCGAAUUGUCCACUUGAAACCAACAGCAUCCUCGCAACAGUUUCGUCCCUGUCACCAAAGACUUUCCAGAAAAGGACUGGACCUGUGGCUCCCAGUGGCUGUGGUGGCUGUACAAACUGCAGAAUCCCCGUUUCCAACGUCAGCAGUAAGGCGAAACCUCGCUAUCCGUAUACUGCCCCUCCACCAAGGCCCCCGUUCGGCACAAUACAGAGCCCACGACUCCGCUAAGGUACACAAACACUAGCUUAGUCGUUGGGUAGCUGCCUCGUGCGUACGUGCUCGAGUUGUCCACGUAUCGCGCACGUAUACGGCGGACGGAUACUCAUUCACUCCUCUAGGAUUCGAGGCAAAACUCUUGGCUUCUACGCACGCAAAAUAGUUAGACAUAAGGAGGACUUGCCAGCCACUUUCACCCCCUGCACACACAACUUCUCUCUACAACUGUCGAAACCUGUCUUCUUCAACAACAAGAGCCAUCUCCAAUCCGCAGUUUCCGGUUCUCCGAAAAUUCCAAGCUGAAUAUCGAUCGAGCCGGCAUGGUCAAUCGCUAAAGGCUCUCAACUCCGCCACGAAUUUGUCCACCGAGCUUCCCGAUAUUUGAAACCUCCACGGACGCGAAAUCUUUGGCUGCCGCUAGAAUACCAUACAAAAUGGCGGGCAUUGAACAGCUUGAAGUUCAUAGCAAGGCAUGUUACUAGCUUUCCCUGCAUUACAGAUGCCGCGCGCCAGGCACCAUACGAAGAAUCGACAUAAACUUCUGGCUAACACGGAACUAGUCGUAUAUUGUUCGCUGGGUCAAAGUCGAUGAAGGGAAUACACUAUCGUGGAGCGUACAACCUCACAAGAAGUCCAUUAAUUUUGGCAUUGUCAAACAUCCCGGCAGCGGUGCCACCACUUUUGCAUCUUCUACAGCUGAAGAUCUGAAUAAUGGAACUGAAGAAUCGGGUGGUACCUCGGACGGGAAGUCUGCCCGCUUCUCGAAGAAGGAUAUAAACGCACAAGAGCUGCUAAAAAGCAAAGGAUUUAUACCCAUCAAAUGGAUUGGUAAAUGCGAAGCGGAUAAGGUGUCCAUCGGCACGUACGAGGUCAAUCACGACCAGAGCGGAAUGUACGGCCUCGUGUUCGAUAACACGUUCUCGAAACAGACAUCCAAAACGGCGACUUUCGUGGUAAUGACAUAUCCUACAGGGGCACCUCCUCAGACUUCGUCACAUUUGCCUAAUCUUCAAGCACCGAAAGCUGGAGCUAGCCAAACGAGUCUCGGGCGGCACAGUAGCCCUAAGCUUGACGGGGUUGCCUCUGCUUCACUAGACAGUCUUCACAGUCACAACGCCGUAGCAAACUUGAACUCCGUUUCUGGCCGUAGUGAGGUUGCCUCGGGCAAUUACCAUGUGGGUGUUCUCCACAAGAGGCGUCGCAAGAAGGGACAAGGCUACGCUCGCAGGUUCUUUUCGCUUGACUACUCGACAUGCACUCUGUCGUACUACUAUAACCCUAAGUCCUCUGCGCUCCGAGGCGCUAUCCCCCUAAGCUUAGCCGCCAUUGCUGCAGAUGAGCGACGGAGAGAGAUCAGCAUCGAUUCCGGCGCUGAAGUCUGGCAUUUGAGAGCCCCGAACGACAAGGAAUUCCAAGACUGGGCACAUGCGCUCGAAAAGGCGAGUCGCGUUGCAAGGGGCUUGGAGACGCUGGACCUACCCAAGAAUGAUCAGUUGAAGAUCAAUACACGCCAGCUUCAGCCUAUUCACCAGUCCUCUCCUCAAGAAGACAGGGAAUGGGAGCAGGUCGAAUCCCUGGUUAGCCGCGUGGUUGGUACACGCGAUGCACUUCGACGCCUGACCCGUGAGGUUACAGCCCAAGCAAAACCGCCACCAGUAACCAGUCCUCAAUAUCUUUCACCUGGAGCCACGACUAGUGCUAUCGACGAGAACGACACGUAUUUCACACCCCCUCCCGAACAGAGGCGCUCCUUCUGGAGAAGAAAGUCAAACACUCCUGCGAUAUCCCCUGCCACGCUGGGAGCGCCAACAGCUAUGGCAGUACCAGCGCCAGGUGGCGUCACUACGACUAUUUCUGCCAAUAUGCCGAAUCACUCAAGGAGACAAUCCAAGGGGCUUGUUAGAGAGGAGCGCUCGCUGCAGGAUCAUUGUCAAUCACUUCUGACGGACCUUGACUCAGUUGUCUCCGAGUUCACUACACUUAUCAACAAUAGUAAGCGCCGCCGCAUGCCAGUGCCCUUGUCCGCAGGUGGCGUGUCAAGGAAGAGUAUAGACACUGUUUCGACAGCAGACGAGUUCUUUGAUGCUGAAGAUGCCAACUCAGCCGUUCUUAAAAUUGAUGGCAGCGAAGACGAAGCUUCACGAUCAGAAGAGGCAGAAGACGAGGAGGAGGAUUCCUUCCGAGACAAUUCUUCUGUGUCGUCUAUAGGAGAGAAUGACACAGCAAACUUGGACGAUGCAUCUCAUCUUUUCCCCACGAAACCAAAGAGCCUUACACCGUUGCCAAUUGAGCAAGCCAUUACCAGGAGAUCAACCAUACCACCUGCAGCUGCAGCCGCACCGAGUUUGAUCGCAUUCUUCAGGAAAAAUGUCGGCAAAGAUUUUAGUACCAUCAGUAUGCCCGUUGCCUCGAACGAACCGUCAUCUAUGUGCCAAAAGGUGGCUGAGCAGUUGGAAUACGCACAGUUACUAAACCAAGCUGCAAAGCAAUCUUCUCCAACAGACAGACUCUUGUUCGUCGCAGCGUUUGCAGUCUCGCAGUUUAGUAGUGGUCGAGCCAAAGAGCGUGCUAUCCGGAAGCCCUUCACACCUCUACUGGGCGAAACCUUUGAACUGGUUCGAAGCGAAAAGGAGGUGCCCGGAGGCUUCAGACUUUUAGUCGAGAAGGUCCAGCAUCGACCUCUUCUCCUUGCCAUGCAAGCAGACUCAGCCAACUGGUCGUUCUCCCAAUCACCAGCCCCAGGUCAAAAGUUUUGGGGCAAGAGCGCUGAAAUCACGACAGACGGCCGUGUUCGAGUUGUGCUACGUCUAUCAAAUGGCUCCGAAGAGCGAUAUUCAUGGAAUAUUGCUACUAUGUUCUUGCGCAACGUGGUUAUGGGUGAAAAGUACGUGGAGCCUGUAGGCACAAUGCAUGUCGUCAAUGACAGUACAUGUCACAAGGCUGCUGUUGAGUUCAAGAGCAAGGGCAUGUGGGGCGGACGUAUUGAGGAUGUCAGUGUGGAGAUUUUCAACCCCGAAGGAGUAAACACAGGCAGCGGCUUGGUUGGUACAUGGACCAACAGCUUGAAGACAACAGGCAAAGGUGGCGGCCAGGAGAUUUGGCGUGUUGGACCACUGGUGGAAAAUGCUGCCCAGACAUUCGGUCUCACAACUUUUGCUGCCAGCUUGAACGAGAUUACAGAGAUCGAGAAGGGCAAACUGCCUCCUACGGAUUGUCGCCUGCGACCCGAUCAGCGUGCGUACGAACAAGGCGCUAUCGAUGAUGCUGAGGACCUGAAACAAAAGCUGGAGGAAGCUCAGCGCGGUCGACGCCGAGAGCUCGAAGAGCGGGGUGAGACAUACAAACCUCGAUGGUUUGUCAAGGUCGAGAACGCUCCAGAGGGAGAGGAAGUGUGGAAGCUCAAGACAGGAAAGGAUAGUUACUGGGAGGAGCGCGCAAAGGGAAGCUGGCAAGGGGUUGAGGACCUCUUUAGGCUUACGUGAUGAUUGAUGAAAGUUAGACAGACACAAACAUUGGAUUCAGUUUUUGAUACCCCUAGUCGAAUGAAUUGUUUGUAGAGUUCUUAUGGAGUGUAAUCAAGACUGUUGGUUAAGAUGACAGGUCGCUGAUGGGAGUUUAACAUAUAUAAGAUAGAGUGUGUGCAAAAGAAGGAUGCUUAGACCAUCACUGUUCUAGAGUCAGCUUAUGAGGUAAUGCUGGCCAAGCUUAAGACGGACGUCUUGAUUGAGGAGUCAGUUUUAGGUACCUAUGUAAGAUAAGUUGAAAUUCAAAUAAUUAUCAUGC